AUGAGUGACUCACCCCUGCUGUAUAUUGCUGGAGCAAACACUGUGGAAGACCAGAGGGCUCGCUGGGAGAGAAAGCGCAGCCGGACAGCCAAGGAGCUGCUGGAAACUGAGCACAAAUACCUCGAGCAGCUGGAUUUGGUGGUCACAUACUUUGUGACAAUUUUAAAGGCCAAAGGGACGCUGAAACCUGCUGUGUUGGAAACUGUAUUUGGACCGCUGGAAUCCAUAUACUCGGCCAGCCAUGUUCUGUCAUUUCACCUGGAGAGAGGGAAUUUGGGGCCAGGACUGGAAAGUUUUUGCCAGAAUCUGGAUCUUUAUGGUCACUAUGCUGAGAAUUUGGAACAGGCAAACAAAACUUUGAAGGAGCAACUGAGGAAAAAUAAGUCAUUCCGGCGGUUUAAGAAACUCCAGGAAUCUCGACCUCAGUUUCAAGGGAGGGAGCUAGAGGAUCUGCUUCCUUUACCCUUGCAGAGGCUGCACCAGUACAAGCAUUUCUUCAGAGACCUGCUGGAGAACACCAGCCCAGACAGUGCUGAGCACCUCAAACUUGCAAAGGCUGUGAAAUCUGUUUCUGAGAUAUCUCAGUGGGUCCAAGGCAUAACUGAAAAAAGAGAGAACUCAUUGCAGCUGCUUCGGGUUCAGAAACUGCUCAAAGGACAGAAGACCCAGGUUUUGACUCCAGGGCGCUGGUAUAUCCGGGAAGGCUGGCUUUUGGUGGUGCCUUCAAAGGGAGACGAACUGAAGCGCAGGAUGUUCUUCCUGUUCUCUGAUAUCCUCAUUGCAGCAAAGCCCUGCCACCCCCUGCACCCGCUGAACUCGAACAAACUGGCGUGCCAGGCUGUGUACCCUCUCCACCAGUGCACCGUGGAUAAAGUGUUUGGCCACACACGGAGCCAGGGAGGGCUCCUCAGUCUUUCCUUUCCACACAAGGCACUGCUGUUGAUGUCCAGCGACCAACAAGAUAUCAAUGACUGGUAUCGGAGUCUCACAGCUGCAGUCAGGCAGCUGAAAGCCUGAUGCACCUGAGUACAAGACAGACUGGCAGGACAACCACUGUCAUGGCAGAAGCCUACACAACCUUAGAAAAUGCUCAGGGGCAUAUAGCAGAACUGCAUUUAGAAGGACUACACACUGUGCUUGCAAGAUGAUGAAUGCUUUGUCAGCUGUCCUAACGUUCAUACAGACACUGCAAAAAACAAGUACGCACACUAAGCAUUUGUGUAUAAAAAAUAAGUAUCAA